CGGCCUCGCCGGAAGUCGCCUCGUCCGGGAGACGGAGCGGAGCGGCGGCGCGACGUUCGGGACGCGACGGGCCUGGGGCCGCUCCGAGUGGAGUGCGCCGCACGCCGUGCGCCGCGCGCCGGUGCGUGAGGCGCGGAGGCCCAAAGGAUCCUCCACGCUUCUUCAUAUCAUCACCACCUCCUAAAUCCCAGCAAAAGUCCCAACAACUAGCUGCUCUCUUACCAGGACAACUGCCCUAAAAUUAUCAACAAACACAUCUAAAGUUUUCUCAUUCACAGAUUAAAGGCUAUCUUUCCAGAUAGUCCAUCCACUGAGUCGCUGGUUUCUAAGAACAUUUGUCUCACCUAUGGGAAACAUGAGAUUCUUGCACACCAGAUGUUCUUGAUAACGCAUCUUGUCAUAUCCUCUGUAUGAAAGCAGUUUCACCAGCAGGCAACCAAGGUUACUACUGAGCUUCUUUCCACGUCCGGUAGAUACAGAAUCACUACCAACAGAGUGCACAUGUGUGUUACCUGCUGAGACUCCACUAAGGGAAAAUUGGCUUGCCUAAAUGAGGACCCUCCUCCUCUUGGGUAGCCAGGUUUGAAGGAAUACUCUGACCUGUGCCACUGGUAAGUGACUACCACUCUUACACACUGGACUGGUCCUGAAGACUACAAUGUCAUCUUCGUAAGUGAAGAAUAAAGAACAUAAUAUUGAAGAAUUGUACCAAUGGUGUGGGAGAAGCACACCAUGUACAUAAUGGACUGAGAAAUAGACAAACUUGGUGAAAAGAUUUUUCAUCUCAUUCCUAUUAGCCAAUGUUAGCCAAUAAUAUAUAACUUUGCUUGUUACCAUUUUCUUUUUCAUUACUCUGUUUUAUUCUAAUGGGUCCCAGAAUUCCCUCUCCUGAUCGCUUAACAGAAUCAGAAAGUGAGGAAGAAGAUAAUCACGUUGGCUUCCUAGAUGAGAGUUCCGUAGAAGAGUGGGACUCCUCUGAAGAAGAAGACCCCAUGGUGCCCAACCUAACACCUCUUGAGAGUCUUGCCUGGCAGGUUAAGUGCCUUUUAAAAUACUCUACAACUUGGAAGCCUUUAGACCCUAAUUCCUGGUUAUAUCAUGCAAAACUCUUGGAUCCAAGCACCCCAGUCCAUAUACUUCGAGAGAUAGGUCUGAGACUCUCCCAUUGUUCCCACUGUGUCCCCAACCUGGAACCAAUUCCUGAAUGGCCCCCUCUGGCCUCUUGUGGAGUCCCACCUUUUCAGAAGCCCCUUACCAGUCCUAGCCGGCUCUCUAGAGAUCAUGCCACUCUAAAUGGAGCACUUCAGUUAGCCACCAAACAGUUAAAUCGAACUUUGAGUAGAGCUACUCCCAUCCCUGAAUACUUAAAACAGAUUCCUAAUUCUUGUGUUUCUGGUUGUUGCUGUGGCUGGCUAACUAAAACAGUUAAGGAAACAACUCGCACUGAGGCCAUCAACAUCACUUACUCUUACACUGACUUCCAAAAGGCGGUGAACAAACUCCUGACUGCAUCACUCUAAAGAUCAGCAUUUGCUCCAGUAUCUGAUUAAGAAAGGAAUACAUUUGAGAAACUCAUAUGUUCUCAAUAAAACUAUUCCAUGCCUUGUCAAGCUGAAGUGCUACUAAGUAUUGAAUCACCCAAGGGUCCUGUAGUUCCACUACAGAAAAUGUUUAUUAUGAGCAUGUCAUCUUACAAACUCUAUGGAUAAAAUGACAAGAAUUAGCCAAAAAAGAUUAUAUUUUGCCAUGCACCAGUGUCUCAUGCUUGUAAUCUCCUAACUACUCAUAGGCUGAGAUCUGAGGAUUACUAUUAGAACCUAGCCAGGGCAGGAAAUUAUGAGAGUUUUAACUCCCAA